AUGUCUCUUAAAGAAAUAGCAGAAGCAGCUAACAUUGCUGGCAAAAUAAAGAAGAAAUAUUCUAGUCUUUUCUCUGCUGAGGAAAAAGAAUAUGCAAUAAUAAUUAACAAAACUUUAAUUAAAAAUCACUUUGUACGUCUUGACUCACUUUAUGCUAUUAGACUAGUUAAUUAUGAAAAAGAUGAUAAGGGAAUACAAGUGAAAGCAGUCAAAAGAUUUCCUAACUUAACGGACUUCUAUUUAAAAAAGAGUGAAGCUAUUAAAGAAGCUAAAAAGAUAAAAGAAGAUCCAGAAUCGAUACGUCAAUGUGUCUAUGAAUAUGAAACCUACGAAGAUACCGUGGAAAAUAUAUUAUUAAUUGGAAUAACUGGUGCUGGUAAAUCCACCUUAGCAAAUACAAUUAGCAAUACUAAUAGAUUUCAAGAAAGUGAAGGUUCAGUUAGCCAAACCAAGACAUUUCAAACUGAAAACUUCAAUGUAGGAGAAAUUAAUUAUCGUGUAGUUGAUACUGUUGGAUUCGCCGAUACUGGGUUAUCAUAUAAAGAAAUUACAUAUAGAUUAGCGGAAGCUAUUCAUAUAAUGAAGAACGGAAUAAAACAAGUGUAUGUAGUAAUAGGAGGUUUUGCUAACGAAGAUAUAAAAACUUUUGAAUAUGCUGAAGCUAUUUUUGGAAAAGAUAUAUUUAAGUAUACUACUAUUGUCAGAACUCGAUUUGAAGAUUUUGAAAACGAAGAUCGAUGUGAAGAAGAUCGAAAUAAAUUAAAGAAAGAAAAUGAAAUUAAAAAUGCCAAAUUCUUUCAUUGGAUUAAUUCUUGCAAGAUUAUAUACAUAAAUACUCCUCCAGUUGGCGAGAAAAGAUCGGAAGAAAAUAUGAGGGAUAGAGAGAAAUCUCGAGAGAAAUUAUUAAACCAUUUAAAGUCUUGCAAAGGAAGUUUCAAAUUGAAUAAUUGGGACAAAGUAUGCGUUAAAAUUAAUGACCAUAUGAAUGUUAUAAGAUUAAAUAAGUUAAAUGAAAAAACGGGAUAUAAAUUAAUCAAUGAACUAAUGGAGUUACAAAAUAAACUGGUGAGGAAGUUUAAUAAUGAAUGUCGCUCGGUUAUCUAG